UCGAGCAUAUUAGCUAGCGCUAUCUGUUUAAAUUGUGUAACAAUAGUUUGUUUUUGUGACCGUAUCAUAUCGACCCCUACUCCAACGAAGACCCAAACAGUCUCAUGUCCCCUUCCCAUAUAACAAUCGCCCAACGCGAAAAAAUGUCAGAAUAUAUGAACCUGAUGUGCUAAGACCCAGACGCAACUGGAGAGAAUCAGAGUCCCCAAUAAAUGAACAGACCGUGCAGCGUAUGCAUUGAUGGCAAUCAUGCUCACGACGGCAAUGUUUUAGCUGGCAUCAGUACUAUCGCAUACUACAAAGACAAAGUUUCCAAUCUCGCAAACAAAUGGAUACUUGCUUUUGACGAACAUUAUGGGGUUGGCUACCCAUUCUGCGUAUCUCGACAGAUAGAAAACAAAGACCCACGGUUCAUCGAAAUCUUGAAUAUCCGCGCCGGGGCGAGAAUCUUGUGCAGAUUCAAGCUGAGGGAUCUCAGCCCAGUUGGCCGUAUCCUUGUGGCGAUGUGUGAAUUUAUUGGGGAUGCAUUGGUAGAGGACGAAGAUUCGAGGUUUUUGCAGCAGACUCGGAUAAGCCAUUUCUCUAAGAGAAUGGUUCAGAUGUGGCAUGACUGGCGCCUGGCUUUAACAUCCCUGGUGCCAGCAAUGAGCUCAACGUUCAGGGAAGUGCUCAACCCAUGCAGUAGAUGCAUAGAGUGGGCAUCAUUAGCUUGUCUAUUAGGAAAAUGGCAUAUUGUUCUCUGUAAACUGCUCAUUUUGGUCUACAUUCAUGAAUUCGUUCCUCUGCGUAAAACCAGGCAGAAGCCCUAUUCUUUUCUCACUGUACACCUCUCCUUUUCUAGUCUUUUCCUGAUCUGAUCAAAGGCCAGAUGACUCCCAUACGCCAUUUUCUUCCUUCUUUUCUUCUAUAUUUUGUGCUGUCCCGGCAGCAGCUAGAUGCUCCAUGCCAAAAUAUGAAAGAGCCAUCAAAUGAUAAAGAAUCCCAGAACGGGAGACGA